AGAAGAGGCAAAAGUGAAAGUGUUAAGUACUCAUCUUGGCACAGAAGCCGUUACACUAGCGGAACAAUGCCUAAAGAACCACCUCUCGCCAAGUGUUGUUAAGACUUUACUUUAAUGAACGGACAGGCUCAUCUCUAACUUCGAAACAAAUUGAAUCUCUAAGGAAGAGUUUGCAUCAAGAGUUGUCUUGUCUUUGGUAAGCCGGACGGUACCAUCUCUCAAGUACCGCAUCAGGGAGGCGACAGCUGCAGACAGGCUACUUGCCCGAUUGCAAUCCGACCCAACAAAAUCGUUCGUUGUCCUAUUUGCCUCAUAGGAAAUGAGUGAACGACUCGAGAGACUGAGGGAUCAUCCAAGUCAAAAGAUUGGUGUUCUACUUACCGACGAUUUACCCAAUCAUGUGUGCUGGAAAGAAGUUGGAAAAGGCGAUGCUCCCUUGGAAUUCUUCCUCGAGACACUGGACAAAAUCAAGUUGAGGGAACCAUCGUACUGGACUCCCAUCUUUCAGCAGAACAGGAAAUUCAAAAACUAUGCAACAAGAACCUGGGAGAGUGGUGAGGAGAUGGUGGGAUUGGUGGAAGAGAGCCAGACUUCGGAGUUACAACAGAGCGAUUUUCCACUUACGGAUGACUACGUUGACAGUGAUGUGGAAAUUGCUACUGCUAUAGAUGUGCGUGGUGCGUACAAGACAUUACUACCAAAGUUUUCCGAUGUUGCAAAGGUGGUCAAUUCUGUGGACGAAUAUAGAAUCCUGAGAGAAGCAUUGGACAAAGCACACAGUGAGAUUUUGAAGCUGCAGAUUGAAGGAAAGUCUGCGCAUAGUGGUCAGACUGGUGUGAUGUUAAGCUUACCAGAAACCGACAAAUCAAGAAAGAGUGUCAGGGAAAGGCCAUUGACCAGUCCCGCCAAGAAAUCAAAAAGAUAAUCUAGCCAUUCCUCUUUGCCCUUUUCUUUCUCUUCACACGGUGUGAUACGCUGCUAUCUUCAUCUUCCUCAGAGGAAGAUGGUGCCGGACUGCCUGCUGGGGCUGCUGGAGAGGGAGCGGCUGCUGGAGCG